CUCACUAUUGACUUAGUCGCUCAGAAGUCUCCGACUCUGAAGAGCUCGUCGCGCUCGCGGACAAGCUGAAGGCUCCGAUGUCCGCACAGGCCCAGCAGCUGAAGCGAUACAUGGCAGAGACUAUUGUUCCUGCCGUCCAACGUGUGAAGACCGUGCACGACAAGCUUGAAGAGGAAGGUCAGUGGCCAAUGCUUGCUUUCAAUUGUGGCUUAACCCGUAGACGUACCCGAAUUGCAGCCGACAUGGCCUACGGGACAGGCCUCCUCGCAUUCAACGAGGUCUGCAAGCGAGUGGAGACCAUGGCCCUGCAAACGGAGGACGAGAUUCGUACGGAGUACAUCGAUUCCAAGGUCCCUUCGCAUAUCUCGUGUUGAAUGCUCUGCACUGAGGUGUCACUCACGACACAGAAACUUGUUGAUUCUCUGACCGCCCAGCUAACCGAAGCCUAUCGUGAACGGGAGGCCCUGUGGUCGCAGUUCGAAGAUGACUUAGCAGCUUGCGGUACAUCUUGAAGCUUCUUGAUACUUUGCCUUUCUUGCUGAGCUGCUCCUGGUCUUGGAUCGUACACAGCCAACCGUGCGAGAGCAUCCAUCGAGGCGCUUCCUGGCGAUGUCGAAGCGACUAUCGCCAAGCUUGAGAAGAAAUCGAAAGAUAUGGAGAAGAAUGCGAACAGCUCGACCUCGAAGCAGAAGAUUCUGAAGGACCUGCUGGCCCAUCUCUAGACGACACUCUGCGGACACUGCAUAUCAUCAAAGCUCUAAGCAUUGCUCUCGUGUAACUUUUGACAGCUCGCGCUCUCAGUUUACGACCUGGAAGGUUUCGUGAUACCCACUCUCUUGCCCUCUGUAAUUGUAGUGCACUCGCCGAGGUGUUUUGGAAUGCAUAUCCGGUUUCGUCAUAAACGUGUAUUCACUCCGCGAGGCGACAUCAUA